ACAGCACUGCACUGCAAAAUUGUAAAUGUUGUGAAUCAUUUUAUUAAAAUCAUAAUUAGAAAACUUUGUAAAUAUAAGCGUUUGAAAUGGCCAAGAAUACUUCAAGCAGUGCGUUUCGCAAAAUCGAUGUAGAUCAAUACAAUGAGGAUAAUUUCCGGGAAGAUGAUGGCGUCGACAGCGCUUCCGCUGGCCCAGAUGAGAACGAAAUCACGGCGCUGCUCACAAAAGGCAAAAGUGUUGAGGCAUUGCUCAGUGCGCUGCAAAACGCUCCAUUAAGUUGUAAAAACCAGCAUGUCAAAGACAACGCCCUAAACAUAACAUUGCGUGUGCUCUUAUCAAUCAAGUCAACGCAAAUGGAUCAGGCCAUAGAUACGUUGGAUCAGAAUGAUUUAAUCGACGUGCUUAUGAAGUACAUAUAUCGUGGCUUUGAAAUACCCUCGGAGGGCUCCAGUGGUCAUUUGUUGCAGUGGCAUGAAAAGGCUUUUGCCAAAGGCGGCGUUGGCUGCAUUGUGCGGGUGCUCUCGGACACAAACCGCGCCUAAAGGCUGAUAACGUUGACUGGCAAGGACUAGCAUUGGUGGACAGCUCUGUUAAAAGCUAAGCUCUGGCUUGCAUUUGUCUCACACAAAAGGACAGUUUUCCAAAAUAGAUUUUAAUUCGUAUUCAAGUAUUAAAGUUUUUAUUAUAAUAAUCCCACGUUGAAAAUCAGCAAGCAAGGAUUCAAAAUGUAUGAAUGCAAAAUAAACCAAUGAAUCAAAUGAAUUCACUUACAUGUUGCAUUUAAGAAAAAA